AUGCUCGCCUUUCUGAGCCAGCUAUUGAUCACUUGCCUCGCCGUAGCCUUGGUCGUUUCUGCAAUCACUAUACCUCAAGUUUCUUCGCCUGAGCUAGCUUCACCGCCCAGGGCGGAUGCUGCAAAGGUUGUCGUUGCACAUCUUAUGGUUGCCAAUACUUUCCACUAUACCCCGGCAGAUUGGGAGCAAGAUAUCUCCUUGGCGGCAAGCUCUGGGCUGGACGCUUUUGCCCUCAACAUUGGCUACGGCGAGUGGUAUCCAAACAGUGUCGAAGCAGCAUACACCGCGGCCCUCAACUAUCCAAACUUCAAACUCUUCAUUUCAUUCGAUAUGACAUCCAUUCCUUGCUCCUCUACGGACAACGCCGAUGCCAUGCACGAGCUCAUUGCUAAAUACAGGCUUCAUCCCAGCCAACUCCAGUACAAAGGGGGGCCCCUGGUAUCAACAUUCGGAGGCGAACAUUGCUACUUCGGAAAGGAAAGCGUCAAUGAAGGAUGGGCGAGUGUAAUGAAGAGAGAUCACCCGGGGUGUACGUUUAUACCCUCGUUCUUCAUCCAGCCAGCGGCGUCGAAGGACUACUCCGUGCUGGAUGGUAUCUUUCCUUGGAACUCCGCUUGGCCUCUUGGACCAACCGAUAUUUCAUUCAACUAUGACCGGGAGUUCAUUUCAGGUCUGAGGAUCGACCAGUCGUACAUGGCUGGGGUAUCGCCAUGGUUCUUCACUCACUACGGGUUCCCAUAUAACAAGAACUUCAUUUUCCGCGGAGACGACUGGCUCCUUGCGACCCGUAUGGAGCAACUCGUACAAAACCGCAACGAGAUUGGCCUUGUGGAAGUCAUUACUUGGAAUGACUACGGAGAGUCGCAUUACGUUGGCCCGAUUCACGGUGAUCAACCUGGCUCGGAGGAGUGGGUAAAUGGCUUUGACCAUCAAGCUUGGCUUCCGUUGCUCUCUUACUAUAUCACUGCAUUCAAGACGGGUGUGUACCCGAUGGGCAAGGAGCGUAUAUUUCUCUGGAUGCGGCCCCAUCCCACCGCUGCAUCCGCGUCAGACCCUCUUGGUAGGCCGGCCAACGCUGAUUGGACGGAAGAUUAUAUGUGGGUGGUCGCUCUCCUUGACGCCCCCGGAGACAUCACGCUUUCGUGUGGCCCAUCGAACGAGGUGACGAGCUUCACGACGCCUGGGCUUCAGAAAGCAAAAUUGCCUCUGAAGGCGGACUGCCAGCCACAUGCGGCGAUAACGAGAGGAGGUGUGCCGGUGGUGAUACUCGACCCGCAAGAAAUAUCGUUCAAAAUGCAACCAGGGAGGUACAAUUUCAAUGCGUAUGUUGCGGCGUCGCUAUGA